AUUCCAUUGCACUACAAUUUAAUUUCCUGUAUGGGUAUUUUGGUAAGGUUAAAUAUUAUCUUCCAAAGAUGCAAUCUCAACCGUUUAUUCAUCCGCAAUCACAUUUUCUCUCACCAAAUUCGACAACCUUUCGUAUUUUCAAUCGCUCCGUUACUGGAAACUGAAAGGGAAAAGAGAGAGGCACUUGGAGGAGAAAUUAAAUGUGGAGCCUUGCCCUCCUUCUUAGAAAUAAUCGUUAAAAAUCAGAAUCUGAGUCAAUUGUUAAGGGUUUUGGCUGUUGGUGAUCCCCUGUGCGCCGUUCUCCAUUUUGCAGUAAGAUCGACAACACUCUCGACGUCAAUUUCGCCAUGGCCAGUAAGCGUGACAUGCAAAUGUUUCUUUCAUCUUCAUCUCCAUAACUCGAUGAUUUCUUUAACUAUCUCUUACAGAGAAGCUGCUUUGAGAAGGAAGAACAACAUACCCCCUAUUAAGAAGAAAUGAAAGGAAGGCAUAAAGUCCUCUCGACCAUUUCUUCUUCUCUGCAACGUUACACUAAACUUUCACCUUUCAUCGGGCUAUGUUCUUCUCAGAUGUCAUCUUCUACUCCGACGACGUGUUCCUCAUUGUCCUCUUCCGCUCCGGCCUUUUAUGUGGAGAGGUUAAUUUUCUUUGAACAAAAAAAGAUACCAGCUCAAACAUCUUUGUUCAUCUCUUACAAGUUGGUGUCACUCCAAAGUCCAAAAUCAUAUGUGAGGAGGCCAAGAAUUGCCAUAUAUUUACAAGUUUCAAUGCAGAGCUCUCUUAUAAGGUCAAAGCUGAUUUGUUGUUGAAUGUAACAAGAGUGGGAAAGGGAAAGACCUAAGCCAGGUGGUACAACUCCUAUUGAAGAGGAUGAAGAGGAAGAAGAGAAGGAAGAGGAAAAAGAAAAAGGACGAUUCUAAGAAGUAGGACAACAAUAGUGUCGUAAAUGACUUUUUUUUCCCUUAAACUAUCUUGAUAUGUUACCAAGAGUUACUUGCUAUUUUUUUUAAAUUAAGGGUAUGCUAUGAACAUC